GUAGCAAAAGGGGACCUUAGGAAAAUAGGGAAGGAGGAAACGAUAUGAGAACAAGCCAUCGGAACUCAGCAGGAGCCAUCCCUAAAAAGACAAAAGUCUCGGAUGCCAGUCGUAAAUUGGCAGAGAUAGAAAAGCGGACCGCAGAAUUUAAGGCAAGGCUUAUCGAGCAGAUGAUGACCGAGGAUGAGGAGAACCCCCAGGGCGCAGGGUCACGUGAGGGACGCAGGACCGGUCAGGACGAGGCCAGGUAUGAGGGAAAGGAUAAUAGCCACAAGGGAACGCCUAGCAAGAAGGGGAAGGACAAGAACGAACCCCCGACGGAAGGGACGGAAAACGCUAUGACCCCGCCUGCUAUCAACAGCGGCACUAGCCAACUGCCAGCCUCGCCGAAAGUAACAGGGGGGUGCGACGGACUUUGGAGCCUUAGGGAAAUGGUGCUAGAAUGGUUUGACCCAGAAGGAACGCCAAAAACUAGGGAGAAGCAGAAGGAAAGCAAGGAAGGGGAAGGGAUCAGUGCAGCUGGAGAAGCGGGUAGCUCCGAAGGUGGUCUCAAGAGGAUAGUCACCACCCUCACACGGGCACUAAACAAGAACCAGGGAUAUCUCGCAGAUGCAAAGAAGAAACUCACAUUCGAUGGGGCAAACAUUACGGAGUUUCUGAUAGACUGUGAGAACCUAGCAGCCUUACUGAAAUGGACGGAAGAGGAAAAGAUGGAGCACCUAGGGCACCACGUGUCGCUAAGUUUGGGAAGGGACAUUAUGACCAUCGUCGCCUCAAGUGGAUCCUGGAAAGAAACCAGGAAUCUGAUGAUGAGGAAAUACCUGAAGGCAGAGAAAAUGACAACAGAGGCUGAAUUAGCCGCAGUCCAGAGGAAAAACUAUGCGACUUACAACGAUUUCCUGAGGGCAUUUACGUUAGUGGCUCUGCGAAUUCCCGGGGUAACGGAUCGCAUAAUGAGUAAAUACUUCCUCAGACAAUUCUCCAAGUUCGAUAAGGAUAAGAUUUUGUCAGCAUACCAGCAGACCAGUAAGUUCGAGUACACGAGAGAUGUGGACUUCAGCACCGUAACAGACCUUGCGGAAAAGACAGUGGUCACCGAGACACUAGCCCUGCUUAAGGAAGGGGAGGUCAUAGAUCUGACCGGGAAAACAAGAGAUAAGAGGUGCAGCAGGUCCCUCAAAGGCGAGAUCCUCGGACCCAGGGGGAAGCGUGUCAAUUGGAACUCGCCAGGAGGGAUGCGGCGAGCCGUCAUCCUCUUGAAUAACUUAGAGAUAGUUGCCGUAGAAGCGGAGCCGAUAGCUGAGAUUGUCUGGGACCAGCCAAGGGGACGGGGACCACAGGCCAAUUUUAUCAUAGAAGGCAAUGGGCAGGAUAGGGUAAAUGUCACUACCCGACGGGCUGGAGCGGAAAAGAAGCUCAUUCGAGACACAAUAAUGGAAGAAGCCGCGGGGGCUAGUGUAGAUCAAGAGGAAGCUGAGGCCGGGGAAAAGGAGAAGGUCUAUGGAAAAACGAGGGAAGAGGAAUCGGUAGAUAAAGCCACGGCGGCAAAAAAGAAGUUCAGAUACCAGAUCCCAAUUCUGACGCUGCCCGAACUGGAUGACACGCUGAGCAAACUUCCGGGCACCAUGGUGUCGGUAUCCUUCCAGACCAUGCUGCAGGCAAGCCCGAGACUGCUCAAGGGCCUCUGGCAGCUAUUGACGAGUAAACGUGUAAAAGUAGAGGAGGCCCCGGAACCACAGGAACAGGGAACUGAGGAGGCCGAGGUGCCACAAGGAGUCUCUAACCUCCAAACCAUCCUAGGGGGCCUGGAAGAUUUGGAAAAAGCCUUUGCUGAUAUCCGUCUGAACCUGCCAGACCGAGAAGGUGGCUAAGUCAUGAGAGCACCGUCUGGCACUAAACUUAGCUUUCACGCACUACCCAUAGGAAAACUUAAAAUCC